CACAACCAUUUUCCUUUGUCCCUUAAUUUCUUGCACUUCAAAACUCCACAUCUCUCAUCUCCGGCCACAUCUGAUCGGCCCACCACCGCCCACCUCGCUCGUCGUCGUCGACGCCGCGGCGGCAGCAAGGCAACCAAUCUAGAAGCUUUGACAUAUCACAGUUACACAUAAAAUCGAUGUCGAGAGUCCCUUUCCAGCUCUUGGAGCUGAGCAUUCUCUCAGCACAGGAUCUCGCUCCCGCCAUCAAGAAUCUCUCGAAGAAUCUCAAGACCUACGCCGUCACAUGGGUCAACCCGGACCGCAAGCUCCGAACCCGACCCGACCCGAAGGGCGGUAACAACCCACAUUGGAAUCAAAAGUUCAUAUUCCGGGUCGAGGACAAGCUUCUGGAUUCGGACUCAGCCUCCGUCGUCGUCGAGAUCUACACCAUCGGGUGGCUUAAAGACACCCUCGUCGGCUCCGUCUCCGUCCUCCUCCGGGACCUCAUCCCAUCCGCCGCCCGCCGCGACCGGCGGGUGGUGGCUCUGCAGGUCCGCCGCCCCCACUCUGGGCGACCGCAAGGGAUCCUCAGCAUGGGCGUUGCGCUCCUCGACAACACUAUGAAGAGCAUGCCGCUUUGCGCAGCAUUCGCUGGCGCCCCCGCCGGAACCGCCGCCGGCGGCGGCGACGCCACCGGAGAGAAGAGGAAACUCGUCCGGACACUGAGCGAUCAGACGGAUUUGUCGAAGAUGGUUCCGGGAGAGAGGAAGAGGAAGAGGGGUGGAUCGGUUUGCUCCGUCGCCACCGGCUACGGCGGCGGCUCCGUCGUUAAUCCGGCCGUCGGCGGCGAAGGUGGGGGUUCGAUGCUGAAUGGCUCGGAGGUGUCGGAUUUGGGACCAUCGCCAUCGGUGGUGGCGAUUGCGGUGGCGCACGGGCUGUACCCGCUGCAGCAGCGGCCGGCGCCGAAGAAGGGGGGCUCGGUGCUGGAGGAUUGGACGGUGGAAGAGGAGUCGAGCGUGGAGGAUUUGCAGACGAAGCUGGAGCAGUGGCGGCUGGAACAGCACCAGGGGUACCAGAGGCUCGGCGGCGACGGCAAGAGUAGCAAGAGGCAGAAGAAACGGGACCACCGCCGUAGUAGAUCGGUGGGCGGCGGCGAGGGCGACGGCCGGUUCUCGUGCUUCGGAAAUGCGUGCGGCUGCGAGUUCACAAUAGCUUACGGCGGCGGCGGAAGGAAGAAUAGGCGUCGUGAUUCUGCUAGCAGCAAAUGUAGUGAUUCAGAAUUGUAAAUUUUCUUGAAAUUAAUUUUUUGGCUGCCAUUGGCAUUUUUUUGAGUUUUUUUUUUGAGAAGAUGACAGUUGAUGAUGUAGCGUUGGAAUGUUUUGAUUUAAUUUAAUUUAUUUUUGUUUUUGUUACA